AUGUGUGUGGCUCCUUGCGCCUGCCGCUACCGCUACGGGGGCGCCACCGUGCCACCGACCGCCUUCACGGAUUGGAUGUCGGAGGUCAUGUCCAGCUGCAUGCCACUUUGCGGCCUCCCAUCAGCUGCUGACUGGCCCAACAGCUGCAACCUGAACCUCUACAUGGAUGGAGAACAUUCGGUGGGUUGGCACGCAGAUGACGAGGUGCUUUUCCAAGGGAAGGUCCAAGAUUGCCGCCUCUUGGCAGCCAGGUCAUGGUAUCCGUAG